AUGUUCCGAGCACAACAAACUGUCCCCGCCGCUUCCCUCCAGACUCCGGUCCGGCCUCCGCCUCCGGCCGGCCCCCUCCCGGCCUCGCCCCGCCCCUCGCCGGAGCCCGGGCCGCCGCCGCCGCCGCCGCCACCGCCGCCGCCAUCCGCGGCUCGCCGGCCGGCGCGCGCCAUUGGCGUCAGCGGCGCGUGGGAGGCCGCCGCCGCCGUCGCCGCCGCCACCGCCGCCGCCAUCUUCUUCCUGCCCUCGGCGUGGCGCGCGGUGGCUUCUCGCGCCGCGGUGGGCUCGGCCGUCCGGGACCCCGCGCCAGGCUCCAUGCAGCCGGGCCGCGCGGCCGGGGACAGCAGCCGCCUCCGAGGCUCGGGGCGGGCGCCCGGCGGCAGCGGGCCGAGCGCGGCGGCGGACGGAGGGUCGGCGGAGGAGCCCCGGGGCGGCGGUCUCUGCGACCGCUGCCCGCCGUCUGCGAGAUCUAAACUGGACAGCCAGCUACAAACAGCAAGUCCAGUAUUUUCCCGAAGUAAAUUUUGCGGUUUUCAGAUUUACCAACAAUAUGUGAUUCUCAACAACAACAUCAUCACUGUGCUCAGUGACAGCCAUCUCAGGAGUGGAGAAAGAAAUACCCAGCUGGAUAUAUUCAUCAGAGGAGUGAAAAGUAACUGAAGAACGGAGACCAUUGUACAGCCAUUGUUGGCUGUAAGAAGCGGGCACUUCCUUUCGAAGACAUUUUGACAGAGCAGAGGACAGAGCAAGUGUGAUGAUGUCCAGUCGUGGAAGACGGAGAGGGUAUCUUCGGACAGAGGAAGGAGAGACUGGGAGUAUAUCACACAUUUCCCAGGGGUUCACCGGAAUGUCUCCCAAGCUUUUCAAAUGUAGCACGCCUCAUGCAAUGAUAGUAUUUUCACCCCCGAAGCUGUUGCACCUUCUCAUGUGAAUUCCGAUCCCCUUUCCUUGGUUCACUGAAAACUAGAAACGUCAGUUAUUUGUAUUUACUUAUUUGCCUCACCUGUAUUCACCCUGCAGACGUUCUUGUCUGUCCCCAGCUCUUCCAUCCUCUGUUGCCCUAGGACAGUUUUUCCAUGGGUCUUGCCUGGACAAUUUCAGCUGAGUGGAGCAGAAAGGCCUUCGGACUCUGGAGUCAGACUCCCUGGGUUUAAUUCAUCGCUCUGUAUUCACUAGCGUUAACCCCCUGGCAACUCACUUAACCCCCCUGUGCUUCACUUUCCCCCUGUUAUUUGUGCACAACAGCAUUUGUCACAUUCAGUCAAGGCGAGGAUUAAGUGAAAUCAAAUGUGGAAAAUGCUUGGAACAGUGCCUAGCGUGUCAUAAAUACCCAAUAAGCUCUAGAGACAUUUCAAAAGCCUCCUAACUGGUUUCACUACCUUCUCAUUUCUCUUUCUCAAUUUCUCUCUAUCUCCAACAUGCUAGGCAGAUUGGCCUCUAUAACAUAUAUGAGCAAGGCACCACCCACAAUUUCCAGGGAACAAUUUCCAGGAUGCUUUGGACCCUCGCAAGCUGGUUCUGCCCAGGGUCGUCUCCUGCCAUGUCUCUGCAGGACUCUGUGCUCACCCGGUCCCAGCACCGCCGUCUGCGUUCACAUCUCUGUACCUUGUGGGCUCUCUUGCUGGGAUUUCCCUCUUGCUCCUUUCCUCCUUGGUAAUCCACCUCAUCCUUCCAGGCACAGAGCAGAUGUCAUAUACUCUGUAAAAAUGCUUCUGACCUCUCCCUCCUCCUCUUCAAGUAAUGUUGGUUGCUUCCUUGUCUAUGGGCCCCGGGGCAAUUUAUACAUCCCACCAACUUAACCCAGCUGCCCUCGAAAUGUGCGUGUUCACCCCACACCACCGGUGCCCCAUGAAGGAGGAAAUCACCCCAUCCUGUGUAUCUCAGUUCUCACAGGAUUUCCUCAUGACCAGAUCCCUGUAUACCCGUUAAAGAAAGAGACAGGGGCACGUGAUGACUCAGUCGGUUCAGCCUCUGACUCUUGAUUUCCACUCAGGUCAUGAUCUCAUGGUUCAAGGGAUCCAGCCCCACGUUGGGCUCUGUGCUGACAGUAUGGAGCCUACUUGGGAUCCUUUCUCUCUCUCUCUCUCUCUCUCUCUCUCUCUCUCUCUCCCUGUCUGUCUCUCAAAAAUAAAUAAAUAAACUUAAAAAAGAAAGAAAGAAAGAAAAAGAGACAACAGGCCCCAAAAGGAGUUACUUAGGCUAAGCCCAACGUCAACAAACCAAGACUUAAUACCUCCCCAAUUUGCAGUUUCAGCUUCUCCCGGGAAUGUGAUGUUUACCCAGUCAACCUGGAAUUAUCCGGUCAGCCCUAGUGAGGUGAUCUGUAUGAUAGACCCCCGCCCUUCCCCCAAAAGAAGCCUGGCCGAAAUAGUCCACUCUACUAAAACUUCCUUUUCUACCCCCAUCUGCCUAUAAAAGCUUUCCAUUUUGUACACUUCCUCAGAGUUCCUUUUUACUUGUUAGAGGGGAUGCUGCGUGAUUUGUGAAUUGUUGAAUAAAGCCAAUUUGAUCUUCAAAUUCA